AUGGCCGCGAGGUUCGGCGGUCGACCUUUGCCGACCCAAAACCGAGCACCGCCCGGACGACCCCAAGUUGCUCAAGGCCACGGCCAGCAUAAGCAACUGUCACUUGAUGAGGCCCUUUAUAACCAUCUUGCUUUACCACCGUGGCUUCCUCACAGACAGGACCCCAACAUCAACGACAUCGAGUAUGCCCUCACAGAUCGCCUCUUGGCCUCCGUGAAGCAUCUCCAAACGCUCCCAAACAACGAACAUAGCGCUUCUGUAUGGGAUGCUAUCCGACGUGGUGUUACCGCCACUAAGGGAAUUCAUCUCGGAGGGCAUAUCGAUCGCACUGCGCUUGCGAGAGAGUUGAAUAACCUCGGAGAGUCAGAUUUCCUGAUUGUGCAUGCUCGAAGCCAGAACUGUGCACUGUACAUCAGCCGGUCUCAAGAUCUGGCACUUGGCCCUUCCGUCGUCUUCGAGGCCUUUGAGACCUCGGCCCGCAACGAAAAUAUUCUCGCGACCGAUAACGCUCUUCAAUGGGACUUUCCCGGCUGUGCAGUGGCUGUACCUCUCGAUACCUUCCGAGAAACUGGCUUCGUCUCUAAUCUCGCUAACUUUCUUGACAAUGUAUCUCGUGAGUCGCUGUCAGAAUUCUCCGCACAUGCCCUCAAAGCUGGUACUUCUAUGCCCGAGUAUCGCAAUGCUUCUGAGCCUGCUGUUAUCUCCUCUCUUCUCAUGGGCAUCCUCCAGCAAAACGGCCGUCGACUUGCACCAACCAUCUUACAAAAGAUGGUGCGAGAUGAUGUUCUAUGGAAGAAUGCCGAGAAGCCCUGGAAGCGACUUCCGUACUGGCUUGUGCUGCGUGUCGCCAUCUCUCGAUAUCUUGCUCAACGCCUGGGAGGUGAGAUUGGUCGCAUAGAGUACAAGUUCUUGCUGGUACAUCUCCUCAGUGAGUUCCUAAGCCAUGCACAGCGAGUGGACAUCGGUAUCGAUCGACUAGACUUUCUGAAGAAGAAGAUAUGCAGGCGUCUAGUGAAGCUGGAUCUCGACAACGAGAGAGCUCAAGACCCUCGUACACCUGACAGGAUCGAGUACCUCUUUUCUCGUCUGAGCCCUGGCAUUCAGAACGCUAUCUCAAAGGCAUCCCAGUUUAUCGAGGUGUCCUGGAAACAGCAAAAGUUCAUCAUGACCAAAACUAUACCCCCUCUGCCAAGACAGGCAACUUUCGAAGAUAUGACGUUGGAUCUCAAGGUCAGCGGAGAGGGUCUACACAAGAUCUGGCGCGGCUUCUCUCGACCUGUAAAAUACGACCUGAGUCAACAGAAUAACGUGAGCGUUGCUGAGGCUGCCAAGCAACAUCUCAGCUCGUUCGCUCACGCGCAUUCCAAGUUGAUGGAGAAAGAGACAGCCCAUAACCAGUUUUGCGACGAUAGCGGCUAUUUCCCCCGUCCAAUAAUCGAGAAUGCGAGCUAUUUUAUCAAGGAUUAUCUCCCUCACUCUGCUGCUUAUGAGAAUAUUCCAGAACUCAAGAGUACCAUGAUACUAAGUGUCAUGGACCUUUGGGUCACUAUGGACAAGGCGGCCUGUUCUCUUUAUCCUAUCUUGAAAGAAUUCCAUCCCAUCUUUCGUCCCGAGAUGAUCGACAUUUUACUCCUUCCGACGGUCGAUGAGAUGAAAAGACUCCAGAGCAUUCAAGUCUAUUUGAAAGAUCGUAUUGCCUCAUGCGAUGGGUCACACGUAAGCAUCUUCGACGACCCUGUCCGUGGCUCUUUUGCAAAUCGUUUCUAUGACUCCUCGGACUUUUCCGACAAGAUGAAGGAGUUACACGAAUCCAUCGAGGAUUGGGCAACCAACGUACGCAACGCCAAGGAAGCCGAAUGGAUGAAGAAAACGGAAGAAUAUUCUCGAUUAUCAAAGAGCGUUGAUGAGAGCACUUGCGUAUACCUGGUCGAUGACAAUGACCCCUUCCUCCCUCCUGUUCAUGACCGCGACUGCCGCCGCUGCUUCUUGAAGCGCAAGAUGAAUAGAAUGACAAUAGAUGCAUACGAACACCCCCUGCCUUCCGAUCAGUUCGUGGCAAAGGCCGUCAUCUUUGAGCUUCUAUGCCCCCAAAAUUUGGCGACCUAUCGAGAUAUUACGUGGACCAUUAUAUCUCACUUAGCACUACCUGCAGAGGAAGGUGUUGAACCAAAAUGUUGGGCCCGUAUGUACAAGCAGUUGCAGGCAUUCUCCAACGGCUCAUCGAUGAGUUGCUCUCUAGCAUCCGUCACCAAGCCAUUCCUUGAAACGCAUUACUCCACCCUGAGGUUCCCUGUAGAAUGGGAUGGCGGCCGAUCUGGGGUUUGCCGGCCCAACGGGUUGAAGCUUACGUACUGUGAUGCUCGCUCGACAAUGUGGCCCAGCCGUCGAGGACAUCUCAGCUUCUUCCAGCAUGUGAAGCUCAAGGUACCUCGAUCCAUUCAAUCUACAUUCUCUCAAAUUAUACAAGACACCUACACCAAGAGUGCGUAUGGGGCCUCAUCCUACGAAAUCAUGGCAACAGCGUCCAAGUGUCCCCAAGGACUUAAUGUGCACGAAUAUCUUGCCUUCCAGACAGUUGCUUCUGGGAAGUCCAGGCGGUGGCUAUCGAUUCUCACAGAACUAGCAUCUGCUAACUUGAAUUUUUCCAAUGAGUCAACUGUCACUCUCCUGUGUUAUUUGGCUGUACAGUGCGGUCCUCUUGGCGACACGGGAAGCACUUUCAGACUUACUCACGACAUAUUUCGGGACCCAAAUUUCUGCAAGAGCUUCCUUGAGCAGCUCUCAAAUCGUCUUGAUAGUCUCUCAGCCAAUUGGAGAGAAACCCACCUCAUGGAGUUGAUCAUCACCUUCACGCUACGCACACUUGACUUCGCGUCAGAGGCUAACAUCCCGAGUAUUGUCGAACAGGCGGGUUCAAUCCUCCUGAGGGCAAGGAAGACUUGUGUCCGUUGGUUCAAAAUCCUUCGCGUCGAGUCGUACAAGUUUGCAGAUGCUGAAACUGCUCAGCGAUUUCAACAGUAUGCCUUAUGGGCCGCUAUUUUGUGCAAGCGAACGUUUACACCUUUAGCGCAUGGGCUCAUGAGCCUGGAUAGAACAGCUCUUGAAAUCUACAUUCAAAGCAGCAUUAUGCUAAAUGACAAUCUCGUAGUCAAACUUGAGGCACUACCACAAGUUCUUCAACAUGCUGUCAUCAGGGAUAUUCGACUUUCCCAUCGUCUUUCCAAGCUGGUGUCGGAAUCUAUUCUUGAGGAUCCCGAGGCGUUCCGCCUUUCUCUUCGAGAAAUGUGGCCAGAAGAGGAGGGGCAAACCAGGACCUUCAAUCAACUGAGGCUGGAGCCCCAAGCACCCUCCUGGAUUUCUUGCCAUACCCAAGCCGGUGAUGCACAUGAUGCGAUGGAGCAGGUGGUCCUUUACAAUUAUGUACAAGGGACUUUGCUUGUGAAUGGCCGUCCGAUGGGGAAACUUCCACAGGACCAAAAGUCAUUCGUAUUGGAGGAGUUGUUCGGCAACCAGUCCCUUCUGACUUGGCCAUCAGACCGCAAUGGAAUGCAUUACUGUCUAUGCGUGACACCUUACAAAUACAAAGUGCAUAUCGGCUACAGCCGAACGGGAGAGCCUAUCAUAAGAGCUUUCCGUAACAAAUAUUCGUUGCAGCUCAUACCACGAGAGAAGUUUCGCAAUGACGUCCAUUCUGACCUACCAGGUCCGUUGGUGGACGGUUGCUUCCACUGGUUGAACCUAAGAGAUGGCAAAGUAUUAAUCACCAAGAACACCCGACCUUGGCCAGAGGACAGCUUCCGCGGCUACAUUCUUGACCUCAAUGACCAAACCUGUACGAAGACACGAAUGAUCAAUGAUGUCCCGACCAAGGAUCAUAUAGUCAACACUUACAGUCCUCUUUUCAACCGAGUGACCAGAAUUCUUGAUUCUUUUGAGGACCGUGAUCAGAUCCUUGUCUAUCAGCCGGAACGUCGAAAUCUUGCUGUAGAGCUUCGGCGGCUCAAUCUGACUUUCCAUGUCAACAGAAACAAUCGUCUUCAGUCACCUCAGCUGCAAUGCGAAAUUGACCAAAACCAGGAUGCGGGAACCUGGUACGGCCUGCGCAGCAAGCUAGUAUGUACUAGCCUUACCAACCCUAUGCACAGGUCUAUCUUGGUGCCUUUGGGGGGUAAAUUGCAAGCGCAUUCAGAUGGGUGCCAUGUCGCCGUAAGGCUUAGCCCGACGGCAAAGUAUGGAAGGUUCAUCAUAAAUACGACAUUGGGAAGAAUUGACUGCGCACCGGAGCCUACACUGGUGUUUACCAAAGCUCUUCUGCAUGCUUGCACUUCAUUCCUUCUGCCUGAUCCUUUGACAGGUCGUACUGGAACAGAAGAAGCUAUUCAAUGGCUCCAAGCCGGUAUUUCACAACCAUGGACACCACUCACACCUCCUUCUAUGGCUGUAUUGCAGAGAAUUGCUCAGUUGACUCCACGGAGAGAAUACUAUCCCCAGGAAUUGAGGGUAAUGCGAACCGAUCACUGGAUUGAGAAUUUACCUCUACGGCUGCAAAGUUCUGCAUUCCGACCCAUAGUGAACCAGAUCUUAGAAUGUUCUGCAACCUUGGGAAUAUUUGCAACAAAGGACCAGGCUCCCGUUGAACCGCCAGAGUUGCCCCUUCUCGGGGAACUACACUUGCACACACGAGUGGUGUUCAGACAAGAAGCCGUCGAAAGAUGCCUGGAUAGCGCAUCCGGCCGUACAGCACCCACGAAUCAUCAAUAUGCGUCUCGAGACCGUCCUACUGUCAACAACAUCAUGCACCGCAACGUACUGGAGGUCACUCACCUGAUUCGUCAUUGGUCACAAAACUUCAAGACCACCGAUGAUCUAGCUCAAGUGCUGUCUCAGGGAGGCAAUGUUGGUGGAUUUGUGGUUCCCUUAGAAGCAACGUCACUGAAUGAGAAACUGAAGGUUGACAUUGUUCAGUCUUGGGGAUCUCUGGUUUUAUUUGCUCAACAGUCGACAACUGAUCGUUUCAAGUUGAUGUACCUGCUUGGACCAAUGUCAUUUCACUUGGAUGCCAACAUGCCACUUCUGAGAACUUUGGUAGCAGCUGCCGUCUUUACAGAUCUUAAAGACCUUGAAACACCCAAAUGGGAAGAGUUCGAGCAUUUCCAGCCGAAUCAGACACCGCAGCUCGACUAUCUUCUUCAACUUCUUGAGCCAUACAAAGCCGCCCCACCAGAAAACGUCGCAGCGGGAUUAGAACAGUACUCAAGCGGCAAGGUUCUGCGGAAGGUGCAAAUUGAGCGGGCUAAACACGAGUCCAAAGUCGAAAAAGACUGCAAGUACUUUGCCAACCACCUCCUUAGCCAAUGGCCAUGUCUAGAGCCUAAUGUUGGCGGCUUGGAGCAAUCACUUCUGAUAGAUAUUGGGCCUGCUUUGGAGGCUAUUCGUCCAGAAUGGAGGCGAUUGUUCAUGAACAGAGACUUGGCCGAACACCUCAAGAGCUUUCAGGCGAUUCUCGACAAACGCACACUGGAUGAUAGGUACGAGCCACCCCCGGUACCUUCAUCCGAAGAUGUUUAUACUGUGAGGAUACGAGGAUGUGAGCUUGUCGACUUACGUCAACUACUCGCGAAACCUUACAGCAUUCUCAAGGUGACUACUAAGGCCAGGCCAGCACAAACGGAAGUCCGCGGCUCAACUGACCGUCCAUUCUUGAGCGAAAAGGACUUUGGCCAGAAUUUUGGUAACUUUGCAUGGAAAGGCAAUAGAGGUACAGGUACAGGAUAUGCGGCUAAUGUGCGAGGUACUGGCACCCGGAGUAAUGGUACGGAACUAUUCCCUACAAGUCGGGAUGUUGCUGAGUCCACUAUGAGAUUGAGAACCAUUUCCCAGAGUUUGGGAUCCUCCAAAUCAGAAGUCCGGCGUCGCUAUGCCAACGAUUUUCAACAGAGUUUGAAUGCAUUUGAGCGACUCGAUCUCUCUGACAAAUUCAAGCGCGCUAUGCAAACCCGGAAUGCCGAAAUUGCAAUCAGCUCGAAGAAAGUUGAGGAGGGGUUCAAUGCCAUCGCCUCAGCCUUGAAUGUACCGAGUUCAGCCUGCUCUCAAAGGCGCAUUUUCUGGCUUAAGGCCGGAAACUUGUGGCCUAUUGUAACGAAGUCUACCUUACUUGCUUGCCUUGGGUCUGUUGCAUCCCAGGGCUCUCAUUUUGGCAGCGGAAUGAAGAAGGCCAUUCUGAACAUGGGAAUCAAUAUCACGAACUAUCAGAGAGAGGUUCGACUUCAUGACAUGGCAUUGAAGAAGGCAUCAGGAAGAUAUCACGAAGAAGACUCUAACGUGGGGCAUUCCAAUUGGAGCCCAGAGGAAUAUCCAGACUGGCUCCUUCUUGAGAUCGAGUCAGAUAUGAUGAUUCGCCCUGUCCAAAUCGACGUCGCCUUGGCGACAAUAUCACCGGAGUCCGGUUCUAACUCAGUUUUGCAAAUGAACAUGGGUCAAGGCAAAACUUCUUGUAUCAUACCCAUGGCAGCUGCAGCACUAGCAAACAAGAAGCAGCUCGUUCGAAUCAUCGUGCCCAAGGCUCUGCUUCAACAAACGGCUCAGUUGCUGCAGGCUAGACUUGGAGGUGUCCUAAAUCGUGGUAUCCGACACGUGCCUUUCUCUCGAAGGACCCCAACAACUGAGAAGAACAUCCGAGCCUAUCACUCUGUUCAUCGGGAGAUGCUCAAGUCUGCUGGCGUCAUGAUCUGUCAACCAGAGCACCACAUGUCUUUCAUGCUCAGUGGCCGACAACGCCUUUUGGAUGAACAACCCCAGCAGGCGGGGCCAAUGAUAAAAGUACAAGAGUGGCUCACCAGAGUCUCGCGAGACAUACUUGACGAGUCCGACUACACCCUGGCAGUUCGGACCCAGCUAAUCUACCCAUCUGGUUCUCAAACAACUGUUGACGGCCACCCACAUCGAUGGCUCGUUGCCGAAGCUAUUCUUCGACUGGUUGAUAACCAUUUGUACGACUUGUCAAAUGUAUUCCCGCAUUCCAUCAGCGUAAUUCGCCGAGAUGGGGGAGGUUUUCCUUUAGUCUUCUUCCUUCGACAAGAUGUUGAGGACGAAUUGGUCCACAGGCUCACGGCAGACAUUUGCCGAGGUGCCGGAGGCAUACUGCCGUUGGCUGAACAGGCAAUGCCAGCUAAAGAUCGGGUAGCUGUGAAAGAUUUCAUCUCGUCAGCUAAACCGCAAUCUAAGUAUAUUAGACUCAUACAAAACUUGUCGCCAGACAAACCUAGCCUGAAGCAGACUGUUUACCUCCUUCGUGGUCUUCUUGUCAAUCGUAUCCUGAUGAUGACUUUGAAGAAGCGCUGGAACGUCGAAUACGGCCUCCAUCCCCAACGCGACCCCAUCGCUGUUCCAUAUCAUGCCAAAGGAGUUCCUAGCGACCAGUCCGAAUGGGGUCAUCCUGAUGUGGCCAUUCUGUUCACCUGCCUAGCAUUUUACUAUGAUGGUGUUAACCUGUCUCAACUCCGGCAAUCUCUGGAGCAUAUCCUGAAAUCUGACGAUCCCUCAGCCGAGUACGAUACAUGGACUAGCAGCACGGAGAACUUCCCGCCGUCCCUAAAAGCAUGGAACUCCAUCAACGUGGACGAUGAAAUGCAAUUGUUGGAGAUAUGGAAAGUGGUCCGGUACAACGAAGUUGUCGUUGAUUACUUUUUGAACAACUUUGUAUUCCCACGACAUGCAAAGCAAUUCGAGGUGAAGUUACAGUCAAAUGGCUGGGACAUCCCCUUAUCGUCGCUUGGUAUAAGUGCAGAGAACGCCAAGGCCGUGACAGAAAAGCCCUUGAGUACAGGUUUUAGCGGCACAAACGACAACCGAACAAUGCUGCCUCUAAAUAUUGAACAACAAGACUUGAAUAGUCUUCAUCACACCAGUGCCGAGGUUCUCACAUACCUUCUUCACCCACGAAACCGACGUUGCAUUCUGCCACAGGAUAUUCACAAGUCGCAACUUGGAAGAGCAUCUGAGAUAGAUCUUCUCAGCUGCCUUAGAGGGAAAUCAAUCCGCAUCCUGAUUGAUGCUGGUGCACAGAUUCUGGAGAUGGACAACAUUACUCUGGUUGAAAAGUGGCUGAAGAUCGACCACUCUGCUUUGGCGGGAUUGUAUUUUGAUGAAGAGAACAAGCCUUGGAUUUUGACCAGGGAAGGACGGAAAACGCCUCUUAUAGCUUCUCCGUUCGCAGACGAUCUGAAAAACUGUUUGAUUUAUCUGGAUGAGGCCCACACUCGUGGUACUGACCUCAGAUUACCUCCGGAUGCCAUGGGCGCCCUUACACUUCGACUUGGUCAGACAAAGGACCAUACUGUGCAGGCUGCUAUGCGCCUACGACAGCUUGGGACAACACAAUCUAUUGCCUUUCUUAUCCCUCCCGAAGUCCACCAAAGCAUUGCUGACCUUCGAGGGAAAACGACACAUGAGUCAAUUGACUCUGCCGAUGUUAUCGAGUGGCUGUUAGAUAACACAUGUGAUCAGAUUGAGCAACUGCAGCCGCUCUACUUCUCCCAAGGCAUGGAUUACUGUCGACGAAUGCAAGCUGCAUUGGACUAUCCCAAAUUCACGACGGACAAGGCAGAGCGAAAGUCAUACGUGCAAGCGAUUAAACAGGAUGAGAAGCAAAGCUUGCAAAACCUCUAUGAGCCCAAGACGAAGAGUCGCAUGGCAAGCAUGCACACCUCGAGCAACGCAACCCUUAAAGGUUUUAUUCGAGAGCUCAAUGCUCGACGGAAGACCUUUCAAGAUACGGGCAAGGCUGUCCAUGCCUCUGCUCUGCAAGAGGUUGAACAGGAAAGAGAAGUUGCUUUUGAAGUUGAGUCUGUUCGGCAGGUAAAAAAGCCCCAGCACUAUGCGGCGCUCUCAUUUCCCGGUCUGAACGCCAGUCUUGAAACUUUUGUCAGGACUGGUAGACUUCCUGCAGACAACAACUAUUUCAUUCCUGUAUCCCGCGCGCUUGCAAAAACCAGUGUCGGUCGCAAGUUCAAGGUGCAGUCUGGUGUCACAAAAUCCAAACUUUUUGAAACUCGCGAAUUCGGACGAACUAUUCGACCACAUGGAGAUCUCUCCAUGGAUAAUUUCUUGCGUCCUGUUAACUGGAUUCUUUGGAGUUCAGUCGCCGAAAUCGCCGUCAUUAUCGUGCCCGAAGAAGCUGAAGCUCUGAUUCCUAUCAUGAGAGACCCCAGUGUGAACGUUCAUACACACCUUCUGGUUUACUCGGCACCGAUAACCCGCAAGAUGCUUCAGUUCAAUGACAUGAAUUUCUAUAGCAUACCCCCGCUACCUGUGUCUUGGAAGGCACCAAGCUGGUUGCAGGUCGAACUUGGAAUCUACAGCGGCCGACUCUACUUCGAAUGGGGUGGGUAUUAUGACACGUGUGUCUUGCUUGGUAUUGAAGAGAGUAUGGUGGAGAAUGUUGACGAGCCUGAUAUUGAAGGCCUUGUGGAUGAUGUUGAUGUAGAGGAUGCCAAAAUCAGCACACCUGCUACGAACGGAACCAAGAAGCUUGUCGAGACUCCAUUGACCUUCUUGCAAGAGUGGCUCGCAAUCCGUCGCCGAGGCCAGGAUUUUGCUCACAGCCCUAUGGGCUUCGUGAGCCAGGGCAAACGGCUGCACGAAGACCACGUCUUCUUCAAGCAGUCUAAACACGCCUCUAUCGAAUGUGGCGACGCGGUGACACCACUACCUCUCAGCGCGCCGACUCAGGGGAAUGAGCGUCAAGACGAUGGGGACUACGGGGUGGAUGACAUGGGAGCCAAUGAUUCUUGUAGCGACUCGAGUGAUGUUGAGAUCGAGUACGACGAUUCUGAGUACGGCAGCACGUCCUCGAGUGAUUGA